AUGGCGACCGCAAUGCCUAGGGGACUACGAAUUCUCCAAACGUGUCGAGGUCUCGCCGUUCGCUCGGCGCCCCCUGCUUGCGCCAGACCGCAGGCGCUGCUACACGUAGCUCGACCCUAUCGCUUGCAAUCGAACGAUGCGAAGACCCAAAUUCCGAGUGUUACCGAAUCAAAUGCCACCAACACAGGCAGCUCUAUCACAGAGGUAUCCUCUUCGAACCCGAUUGAUAGCGUCGACGAUGGUGCGCUCGAGCAGAUGCUAUAUGGUGGCCGGGCGAGCAAACAAGGCGGCCUGACGGAUGCACAGGAGGAGGUGCUCUACCGCGACGGCGAGAUUCCUCCCGCGGAGAGCGCCGAGGCCGUGUUGGCCUUGGGGAACGCGGAGGCGGACGAGCUCGAAGCGGAGGGCGCAGUUGGCAAGGACAUUCAGAACCUGGGACACAAAUGGCCUCUGCCGCAAAAGCCGUAUCCGGAGGGCUUCAACGUUAAGAAGCGAUACCAUGACGUGGUGGAGCAGAUUACGAGGUUGAUGAUGCGCGAUGGCAAGCUGGCUACUGCUCAAAGGCGGCGGCGGCGGGCGUUUACGUGGAUGCUGGAGGCGGUGGAGAAGCGGCCGAGUAAGGGCAGCGGGCGGACGCAGUUUGCGCACCGGCUGGCGGACGAGGUGAUUGCCGUGGUGGAGGGCCGGUCGUCGGUGUGGGAGAAGCGCAAGCUGGUGCACAAGCAGGGCACGACGGCGCGCGCCAACGUGGAGAAGAGGGUCAUGAUCAAGAAGGGUGUUGGGAAGUAA